AGCUUGUCGUCAACUAAAUCACGAUGUCUCAACAAAAGAAGUCCAACGCUCUGUGGUACGUUACGGCGGCCGCAGCUGGUGGAGUGGGCUAUUACCUGUACACUGCAGGCGGCAAUCCCAAGAUUGCAGAGAAGAACUUUGAGAGUGAUCUUUCCAAGGCUUCGGCCAAAGUCAAGUCGGAGAUCCCAGGCCACGCUAAGGAGGCUCAGAAGGAUGCCGAGAAGUGGGCAACUGUAGCUGGCUCAAAGGUUGACUCUGCUGUCGACAAAGCCCGCAUCGAAGCUGCAAAGGUCGAGCAAUACGGCAAAGAUGCCAAGAAUGACGCAUUGAAGAAGAUUGAUGCCGCAGACCGCAAGAUCGAGGCAGAAGCUUCAAAAGCCAAGUCAGGCAUCUCAUCUUGGUUCGGGGGAAAGUAAAUAUUUUCUUGGGGAUAGGGAAUACGGCAAUACGGGUGGAUGAAUGAUGAUGUGAUAAUUUUGGAGCAGGUUUCGGCUGGAUACCAUCGGAAGGAGUGUAAAUACCAAAGCAAUGCUGCUCUCCACCAAUUCCCCGGCAUGUUCAGUGCGUGCUUUUGGGAAGUUCAUGUCCGCUUUUCAAGAUAUCUCCGUCACCCUGUCUGUCUCUAGUUGUCCUUGAUAGUUCGGGAUAUUGAAAUCUUACAGCUGAGAAUAUUCGGGUCAUGAGAUGAGGUUUGCCUGUUCCAGGAUACAAAGAACAUUAGGAAGUUUCCGGCGCAAUAUGAACUCCUGGAUUUUAC